AGUUUUGUUUGUAUUUGAUAAUUGUGUAAAAAGUUGUGUGAAAAUUAUCUUCAAGCUGGCCAGCGCAAUGAACGUCGCAGCUGGCGGCAUCAGCACAACUGCAAGCAGCGCCCCAAAUAACAAUGCAUUGCCCAUGGCUCAACUAGCCGAUGGUUGGCUAGAACUAGAAUCAGAUCCGGGUCUUUUUACGCUGCUCUUAGAAGAUUUUGGCUGUCACGACGUACAAGUGGAAGAGGUGUAUGACCUGCAAAAGCCUAUAGAAAGUCCUUACGGCUUCAUUUUUCUCUUUCGCUGGAUCGAAGAGCGUCGAGCACGUCGCAAAAUUGUAGAGACAACUGCCGAAAUAUUUGUCAAGGAUGAGGAAGCUAUUUCAAGCAUCUUCUUUGCCCAGCAGGUGGUGCCCAAUAGCUGUGCUACCCAUGCUUUGCUCUCCGUGCUGCUUAAUUGCAAUGAAAACAAUCUGCAGCUCGGCGAAACGUUAAGUCGCCUGAAGGCCCAUACUAAGGGUAUGAGCCCGGAGAACAAGGGUCUAGCCAUUGGCAAUACACCAGAGCUGGCUUGUGCCCACAACUCGCACGCCAUGCCGCAAGCGCGUCGUCGUCUGGAACGCACUGGAGCUGGUGUCGCCAGUUGUCGAUUUACAGGGGAAGCAUUUCAUUUUGUUAGCUUUGUUCCCAUUAACGGGCAGCUGUUCGAGUUGGAUGGACUGAAGCCAUACCCAAUGAAUCAUGGCUGCUGGGAAGACCAUGAAGAUUGGACGGACAAGUUUCGUCGCGUGAUGGCUGAACGGUUGGGCAUCGCGACCGGUGAGCAAGACAUUCGUUUUAAUUUGAUGGCCGUGGUGCCCGAUCGUCGAAUCGCCAUCACACACAAGUUAAAGAUGUUGCGCACCAAUCAAGCCAUUGUGUCUGGCACACUGCAGAAGCUGCUCAAAGCGGAUGAGCAGGGCGAGCGCGACGAUCAACAGCGUCCGGAUACACCCAACACGCUGCUAGAGCCAAGUGCCUUUACAGCACGUGAUUUGCAAUCACUGCUCAAGAAUCUAGAUACAGAAAUCGCCAUCAAUGAGCAGCACUUAGCCGAUGAGAACGAUCGUCGGCAAAUGUUCAAAGUGGACGCCAGUCGUCGCACCCACAACUAUGACAAAUUCAUCUGCACUUUUCUUUCCAUGCUGGCCCACCAAGGUGUGCUCGGUGAACUGGUCAGCCAACAUCUGUUGCCCACCAAGAAGAUAAGUGGACAGAGCGCUGCAAAUCGACUCAGCAAACAGAGCAGCGCCGCAGCAGCUUCUAAUACGGCGAACAGCAAUGCAAAUGCCGCCGGUGGAGGCGCCAAAUCCCAGCCGCAGCAGCAGCAGCAACAGCAACAACAGCAGCCACAACAACCGCAGACGGCAAAGAAUGGAAAGUCACCUGGAAAGACGCCGGGACGCAGACGCAAGGGACGAAACAAGUGCAGAAAGCGCAAGUGAUGUGCAUUAGG